AUGGCUCCACCAAGCGAGAAGGGCCGUGCCUAUUGCUUGUGCCAGCUGUGUGUCCCAAACAUUUUGGAAAGUGCUGGUGACCCAGUAGUUCUUUCUAUGCGGUCGGUGUAUCGUCAUCAUAGCCAAGAAGCCUUUCCUGUUCAGAAGACCAAGCAACGGAGAGAGCCACACUUCUUGCCUGUGGGUACACCUGUGGUGGAGGUCCGGGACACUGCUCAAAGGCUGAAGGAUUCUCUUCCGUGUGUACAGCAGCCACCCUAUCCUCUGCCAGCACAAAAUGAUGCGGGAGAAGUUGCAGCCAUUGAGGACGCAUUUCCAGCCCCUCAAAAGCCUGGCGAUGGUGACGGUGGACUUCGCAUGCGGUGCUUUGGAACAUGGACUCCAAGUGGAGCACGCCAGGGUGAAUGGAGGAGUUGCAACAGUGAUCCAUCUGUAGAACCGCUGCUUCAAGGCAUGGAGCAAGAUGUACUGAAUGCGGUUCUCCAUCGGUUUAAGCAUAAUGCAUCUGGUGAAGCUGUUAUUGAUCACCUUAGGUUAGUGAUGACUCGAAGUGGUGCAUCCUACCCAGUUCCUGAGCAGCUACGGCCCAAGGAGUAUCGACAGUGCCUCACAUUCCUGGAGCAACGGGGUAUCCUGGAGGGGAAGCCAUUUGUUGGAUAUGACCUGUGCCCUUGCGGAUUCCUGUACCGUUGUACUGAUAAGGGGCGGACUUCAUGUACAUGCUGCAACAAACCUCGCAAGGAAUCACUCAAGCUCCUGUAUAGGCCCAUUUCCGACUGGUUAACAUCUCACCUCGAGGAUCCAGCAACUUUUCAAAUGCUUCAGCAUGGCAACCUGACUCAGCAGCAACGGGGCUCUGUGCCAGGUUUUGCUUGUGACAUUUUGGACACCCUCCCUGGUUUGGGAGACAAUCAUCAUACAGACAGUAUGACACUGCACGUUGGAGUGCACACCGAUGGUGUAAAUCCCUUCAAGUUUAAGUCAUCAUACUCAAUGUGGCCACUGGUUUUAACUCUGUACAACAUAAGCCCAGACUACAGGUAUCGUCCAGGCCUGAUUGGUUUGUGUGGCAUUAUUCCUGGCAAGCGUGAUGAAAGCGGCCGUGGAGGUUCAGUACCUAUCCAUGAUGUCCUUGCAUUGCUGGCUGAGGAGCUAACGAUGCUCAACACGGAAGGCCUGCCCUAUACACAUCCAGUGAAUGGGAUGCCUGCAGUCGCUAAAGUUCAAUUACAAGUGCUUGGUGGUGAUUACCGUGCAGUCGAGAAGGUCGUAGGUAUCACUGGUGCACCCACAUCUGUCUACAGCUGCUUCAAGUGCUGGCACCCAGGGACUUGGGGUCCCAGCAAGUACCUGUACGGGCAGUUUUUUCGCUAUCUGAGCAAAGCUUCCCCAUUGCGAAGGCUGUCAGCUGACCUCAAUAAUGCCAUAAAGUGGUCAUGGAGAAAGGUCCCCGGUGCUGCAUCGAUGACAGGACCAAGGAAGUUCGAUGUUGACGACAGUACCAUUGUACGUGCUGCUUGGAACUCACAGGCCCUGUAUGCACCAGAGCGUACACAGGAAGACCUGGUCCGGCAAAUCAAGGUACCAGAGAUCAGGGUUGAUGAUGACACUGAUGCUGGCCCUGAGCUCACGACUUCAGCACGGGGAAGUUUAUCAGACAUCAGUUCGGAAUACUUCCCAGAUGAUCAUGAUGAUGACGAUGACGUUGAUGAUGAUGAUGAGUUUCAGUCUGCAGACGUAGAUGACAGUGAUGUUCACAGUGAUAUGGACGAUGAUUUAUUUCAUGGCAUCCCACCUAACGUUCAAGAUGCAGAGAUGCAGCAGCCAAACCGGUCCUGGCGUGACAGGUUGCUUACAUCGGUUCCUGGAUUCUCAACUAGGAGAGGCCUGCAGUACGAUCCCAUGCAUACAAUCGGCCAAUUUAUUGCUCAGCUGUUUGACCUCAUCUUCACCUCCUCAAGAGUUACUGACCGCAUUAAAGGGUAUGAAGUCGGUAUAAACAACAGGACUCUGGAGCCUUGUGUAGUUAGCAAGGAUGACCAGAUCACAAUGCAGGCCAUUACCAGAAAAAUCUCCAAGGAUGUUCCCAAAGCUGAUGGUGGUGGUCCAAGGCUUGCUGGAACUAUUGGAGGAUCAGGGGUGAAAAUGUCUGUUUGGUGUUUCUGGGCCAGUCCAUAUGGUGCUUAUGUACUUGAACAUGCCAAGUCACUCAGACCUAUACACCGCAUGGUGCUGCAGCAGAUUCUUUGUUCGGUGUCAUACCUUCUGGAUGAUGCAAUCCCCCUUUGCACCCAAGAAGAGCUAUUAGAUGCCGUGGCACAUGCUCUGUCUCUAAUGGAGAUCUAUUUGCCAAGUACAGAGUUGGACAUUAAGGCCCAUAAUUUACUGCACCUCGUGGAACGUCUUUUCACCCUUGGUCCUUCGUAUACAACGGCGAUGUGGGGCUAUGAAGCACUCAUGGGGCGGCUAGUGAAGUUGGUCAAAAAGACAGAUUCACCAGAAGUCACAGUUAUGCGGUCUUGGUAUAUUAUUGAACGAGCACUCAAGUAUGCUUACCGUAACCAAAGCACAGUCAUGCUAGAUGGUAUCCUUCCCAAGGGAGUAGCGGUUACUAAGGAGAUACACAGCUACUGGACCUGGCGCAAUGAAAAGGCUCCCUCAGUUGAGCCUUUGCGCAUCGAUGGAGCUGGUGGACUUAGGCUGCUGGCAUCCUUAUCAUCUGUCCAACGCUCCCAGCUACAUGAAAUGUACAUUCAACAUGACCCAAGGUACAAGGAACUGUGGGCUGCAUUUCUGGAGUGGCUAUGGGCUCAGUGGCCUGACCAUGAUACCAGUGCUGGGUCCAUAUGCAAGGAAGUGCAAGGAAGUGUGCCGCUGUGCCAGAAAUUGGAUGGGUGA